AAUCGAUUCGCGCUAUCCAAAGUUGCUAUCUCUAUAUUAAGUGUUUUAACAUUCUAGCUGUGUAUUAUUUGUAGUUGUAGUUCUGCCUCCAAACGUACUGGAUCUGUGACUGGCAACGCAGUUCGCAAAAAAGAUACUACACACUUUGGGGCAAACACUAGAUGACGCUGAGAUCGGAAUUAUCCACAGCAAAUUAAGCCGUUGUUGUACUUCUCGGACAGUAAGGCAUUUCGUACACAAGAUGAGUCUUCGCUGGGGUAUCGUUACAGCAGGCAAGAUUUGCCAUGACUUCGUCAACGCCUUCAACUCCUACCCCAACAAGGGAGACCAGGUCAUAGCUGCUGUGGCCGCUCGCGACAAAACCAAAGCGGCGGCAUUCGCUAAGACUCAUAGCAUAGCUAAGGUGUUCGAUAGCUACCAAGCUAUGGCUGUCAGCAAAGACAUCGAUGUUGUGUACAUUGGUGCUUUGAACCCCGACCACUAUGAGCUGGCUAAGAUGUACCUUGAAAACGGCAAGCACGUCCUGUGCGAAAAACCUCUUUGCCUCAAUUACAAACAGACAGAGAGUCUGAUUAGAUUCGCGAAGAAGAAGAACUUGUUCCUGAUGGAAGCGGUUUGGUCUAGGUUCUCACCAGCGUACGUGGCGCUGGAAAAGGAGAUAAACGCUGGAAAACUGGGAGACAUUCAAUACGUCGAGGUUAAUUUCGGUGUGCCGAUCGCUGCGGUCGACAGACUUCGGUUAAAAGACUUAGGAGGUAGUGCGGUGCUCGACAUUGGCAUUUACACGCUGCAGUUCGCUCAAUUCAUUUUCAAAGAAGAGCCCAUCAAGGUGACGGCCAUCGGAGAUCUCAACGAAGACGGGGUUGAUUUGGUUGACACUGUCAUCCUUGACUAUAAAGGCGGCAAGAAAGCUGUGCUUAUCAUUAAUAGUCAAGUGCGACUCUGGAACAAGGCAACAGUAUACGGCAAUAAAGGAAGAGCGACGAUAGAAGACCCUUUUCAUUUCCCCGAAACUUUAAUUCACGUGGAUGGCACAGUGGAAAAAAUCCCUCUGCACACAUCCAGCAUUCCAUACAACUUCGAGAACAGCGCCGGUUUAGUUUUCGAAGCCAUGGAAGUCGCGAGAUGUAUAAAACAAGGACUUAAGGAGUCACCUAGAAUGUCACACCAAGAAAGUCUUUUGCUGGCGAAAUUGGAAGACGAGAUUCGUAAACAGGUCGGCGUGCACUUCGACGUCGAUGACAAAGAGUACCCUUGAGUUAUUGAAAACUUUAGCAUUAUAUUUUUACAUGAUGCAAAUAAAUUGAUACCGAGCACAUUGUAAUAAAUAAAGGAAUAAUAUUUUGUUUCAUUUACUGUCCCUGGUGGUGGUGCAUUGGUCAUGCUUGCCAUUUUUGCAGCAGCAACAUCCCGCUACAAACUCCACCAUUG